UCUUCCCCUUCUGAGUGUGCCACUAGCCUCUGUGUCUGUCGGCAGAGAAUAGAAAAGUUGGGGCAAAGUCUGAGUCAGCUCCAGCAGCUACCAGACACUCACAGCAACUCCCACAGUGACAGGUUUCUUCUCUCUCUCUCUCUCUCUCUCUCUCUCUCUCUCUCUCUCUGUACUGCUCUCUCACUCAUUCACUCUCUCUCUCUUUCACACACACACACACACACACACACACACAUACACAUACACACACACAAAUCAUCCGUCACUCCUGGCAGAGGGAAGACAGGACCACAGGAGAACUGUUACACACCUUUCCUCCCAGUUACUCACCCAGCCAUCGCCAGACACUUUACCCAGGAUGUGGACGCUUGUCUUGGGGGUCACCUUUGGAUUACUGGCCUCCUCUAGGUCAGAACAACUUAAAGUGAAUUCUCGCAGCUGCAGCUUUGCCAGGGUAUUUCUGGUGGAGGGAGCAAGCCGUCACUCCCUGAACUUUGAGAUGGCUCAAAAGGUGUGUGAGCAGCUGCAGACCACCUUGGCAAGUCCAAAAGAAAUCCAGGAGGCCUAUAAUGAAAGCAUGGAAACGUGCAGGAACGGCUGGACCAACAAUGUGAGCAUUGCCAUCCUCAGACACAGUCACCAUGAAAACUGUGCAAAGAACAUGACUGGGUUAAUUUUUAAUUCACGUGUAAAUGCUGAAGAUCUCUUUGAUGCCUACUGCUAUGAUGACAAAGUCGGGCCUGAGAAGAACUGCGAGAAAUACAUUCCACACUCAGAUGCAUCAGCUGAACCCACACCCCAGCCUCAAGCCCCAACAGCAACACAAGGCCAGGAAGUGACCACUCCAAACACACAAUCUGACGAUGCUUCUGAUAGUGAGGGUGGAGUAGCCCCUGCGAAAGAUGCUCCUGGGGUAGCCACUACUACUCCCACAGAACUGAGUCCAGAGGAGCCAAAGGCUUUCACAGAGGGUCCUGUCGUGGAAGAAAACCCCUCUCGAGGGAGUGAGAAUAGCAGUGUGGGGUUCACUUUCACUCCUGGAGAGUUCGACCAGCCCACUGGAUCUGGGAUGCUGCCAUCCGUCUCUGAGGAAGAGGGAGCCUCUCCAAUGGCCCCUGUUGGAGAGCCAGAGGAAACACAACCUCCCACUGACAAUGAGCGACAGAACGAGAGAAUAGAGCCUGAUGGAGAUGAUGCCACAACAGAGUCUCCACAACCACAACAACCUAAUGGCAAGGGGAAGGUCCUGGGUCCUGUUGUGCCUGAGCCUGAUCUACAGGAGAGCAGCAGUUCAUCUAACUGGCUGGUAAUCAUUGGGGUGAUUGCAGCAGUUGCUGCUAUUCUUCUUGUGUGUGCAGUUGUUGCCAAAAGAAACAGCUUGUGCGGCAAACAGCAGACCCUAAUGAUCACACCCAAAGAUGGCGGCGAGGGGAACGGGGCGACAGCAUCAGCAUCCAGCUCCCACGCCCAGGAGAGAGAGCAGGAAAUGGUGACCCUCAUGAACAAGGAGAAGAUCCAGGAGAACGGCAACACAGAGGAGUUCACCGUCAUCACGCUAGAGGAGUCACCAGAUAAAGAACAGCUGGCGUGAGAGAGGAGUGUAGAGGUAGACAGAGAAGAGUAGGUGAGGACAGGAGGGAUAGAGUGAGGAGAUUGUUGGGUGGGGGUUGGGGCUCCAAACACUGGGGGUAAAAACUGCUUUGGUUGCCAGCACUGAAUUGACACUGAGUAAGGGUGUAUGUGUGUGUUAUUUAGAAAGAUUGUCCAACUGAGGGACAAAGUAUUGUACUGGAUCUGAAGCUGUUGCCUCUCAGUGGGACCAAGUAUUUCAAACCAGCAUGUGCAGCAUUUUGUUUGUCUAUUAUGCCAGGUUAGGUAGGACAGAAUGGCAGUCAAAGAGUGUCAUGCAUGGUAGGGUAUCAUGCAUCGUGCGUAGCAGGGUGUGUGAAUGUGUUUUGUGUCUGUUUGUAUGCUUUGUUGAUGAUGGGGCUGGAUAGACAUGGCUUUUAAAGGGAGGCGGUGGUGAGGGUCUAAUUUGUGAAGAACACAUUGAUGACAAAUUAUUUUCUUUUUUAUAGAAUUGGUGGAUCCUAAAUUGUAGGGCAUUUCAUCCUAAAUGGGAAAUAAUAAAUCAGUGAUGCGAGCUGGGUUAUUUUAUUUGAGAUUUUAAAAAAAUCAUUUUGAACAAAACAACCCUUGCUGUUUUCUAUGUGUUUCAUUUUUUUGUUUUGUUUGCUUGUUGCUGUACCCUUGUGUAUAUUUCAGACAUUGCCUGUGGACUGGAGUUUGAUUUUUCAAUUUUCAAGAAAAAUGGGGAUGUCACUACCUUAAUUUAUGCAGCUUCGAUUCCCUUUUUUUUGGUCUCUGUAUAUAAAGUAUAUGUUUUGGGAAUGCCUUAGCAAUAGCUGCCAGUGCUUUUUGUUGUUUGGUAGAAAGGGGUUUUCUAUCCCUUUUAAAUAAAGGAAUGUGUCGUUUUUUGAGAGUUAUUUAAUUAGGAGCAGUACCUCUGAAGUAAACAAUUGUGAAUGGAUUUUGCAAUAGUCAAAGUAGAGUGGAUAUUGUAUGAAUCAACAUGAUGUAUAGCAUCCGAUUGCAAUUAAUGCGCCAUUGAAGUCAGUUAUACAUUUAUAUUGAGUAGGGGAUAUGAUGAUAUGAAGUCCCUAAUGUUAUCCUGAGGAUAAGCAGAAUGAUAAUAGUAAUGAUGUAUAAAGUAUAAUGACGUAUACAUACUAUAUACACAGUGUGUACGAUAAAAGAGCAAAAGAAAGAAUUGGAUAUAGCAGAUUAACCAUUUUUUUUUAAUCCAAUAUUUAAGUGAGUGACAGCUGCCUAGCUUUAGAUGGCACAUAUAAUAAUGGGGUGGGGAGUAUGUGCCAUAAACGCAUAGCAAUGUAAAGGCUUCUUCAUAAGAAAGAGGCUGUGACAACGUUGUGCUCCAGAGGGGGAGGGGUGUGAUGAAUGAAGCAUGUGUGCUUGCCCAGGCCUCACUGUGACAGUCACUCUGUAUUCUCACUCAUUCACACAUGUAAACAAAAUGCUCCAGUUUUUCUACUGACCUUCUCAUUGGUGAAAUAUAUUAUACAUUGUGUCAUAUCAAUAUUAUUCCCUGUGUGACAGCUAAUUUUCAGUAUAACGCUGAAUUAUAUACAGCGAUCGCAAGCUGAUUUUUGUUUCUGACUUGUUUCGUUUUUUUUGCCCUGCUUUUGCUCUUAUAUGAUUCCUUUUGAGGAGAAGUAGCAAAUGUAGUAGUGUAGGCAGGUUUUAUGACAAAUUAACAAAAGAUGUUGCUGAAAAGAUUUGUAAAGUCAUGAAUGAAAUAAAUGUGUAAAGAAAGAGA